AUGAGUACUAGAAGUCCAAGCUUGACCUGGUCUUGGUCGCCAACACUAGAUGAAGCUACCGAAGGCCAAUCUACGCCCGAAGCUACAUCAGAGACCGAUGAAACUCCACCGUUGCAUGCAGUAAACGUCGCACCAAGAUGGAACGAGUCGAAAACCACAAUAUGGAAAGUGACUGCCACAUUCUGGUGUGCAUUUGUGAUGGGAUCGAAUGAUGCUGCAUAUGGAGCGAUUAUUCCCUAUUUGGAGAUUUACUAUCAAAAAAGCUAUACAGUCGUUUCUCUGGUAUUCCUUUCGCCUUUUGUGGGAUAUACCGUAUCCGCUAUCUUGAGCAAUCUAGUUCACCAGACUUUCGGCAGACGAGGAAUCACGAUAAUUGCUCCGAUUUGCCAUGCGACUGCAUUUGCAGUCAUCUCUGUCCAUCCACCCUUCCCAAUUUUGGUGAUUAUGUAUAUGCUGGUUGGCUUGGGGAGCGGAUUUCACAAUGCGGCAUGGAACGUAUGGAUUGGGAACAUGGCAAACUCACAUGAAGUGCUCGGUUUCUUCCAUGGAUUCUAUGGCAUCGGGGCCACAAUAAGCCCCCUCGUUGCUACAAGUCUGAUUAUCAAAGCUGGGUGGGAAUGGUACUCUUAUUACUACCUGAUGACCGGAGCUGCUGCUAUUGCGCUAAUUUAUUCCGCCGGCGCUUUCUGGGAUGAAACUGGGAGCAAAUAUCGACAAGAGAACCCCAGCUUCCCAGGCAGAGGAGGGGCAUUAUCCCAAACACGUCUUGCCCUCACAUAUAAGGUCACCUGGAUAUGCGCAGUCUUCCUUUUCCUCUAUGGAGGAAUUGAGGUAGCAAUCGGUGGGUGGAUUGUUGUCUUUAUGACCAACGUCCGACACGGCGACCCAUUUGAAUCCGGAAUGGCAGAGACGGGCUUCUGGCUCGGAAUCACAGUUGGUCGAUUUGUGCUAGGGUUUGUAUCCCCACGGAUUGGGGAAAAGUUGUCCAUCGCUAUAUAUCUCUUGCUUGCAAUUGCUCUUGAGCUUAUAUUCUGGCUCGUGCCUGAGUUUAUUGUGUCCGCCGUUGCAGUUGCAUUUGUUGGAUUCUUCAUGGGGACUAUCUUCCCAGGAGUUGUGAUUGUGGCGACGCGAUUGCUACCGAAGAAUCUUCACGUUGCUGCUAUUGGAUUUGCAGCUGCCUUUUCUAUGGGUGGUGGUGCUGUUUUUCCGUUCAUGAUUGGCGCUAUUGCUCAGGCUAAGGGGGUAACUGUGCUGCAGCCGAUCUUGCUCGCCAUGCUGGCCGUGUCAUUGGGAAUUUGGGCAACGAUAUUCCGACUCCCUCAGCAAGAGGUGUCACAUCAUGUUUAA